UGUAAUGGAGCCAUUUUGAAAAGAUGAAAGGUGGGCUAAAUUUAGUUACACAUUUGCAAAAAGGAUUAUCUCCUCUGUAAUCUCAUGAAAUCCAUGGUCAUGCUCUGUAGACGAGCAGAUUGAUUAAGAGCUGGUGAUAAUGUAAUCUCCUCUGUUUAAUUAGUGUGAGCAUGGUGGGCAGCUAAAGCAAACCACAUUACACACCAUCUGGACUGGAGACUGACUGGAGCAGCAACCCUGCUCUUAUCCACCCUCUCCAUCGUUAGUUUUUACAACAAGACACAAACAAGGACAUGUCAACGCUUGCUCUAUGUUCUCAGACUGGAUACAAGUGUCAUCCUGCACACAUCAUAACACACAUCAUUAAACCUGCGCAGGUGAUAAACUUUUUUCUAGUUUGUCUUGUUGACGGUAUAAACGGUGGACACUCCUGUCGGUUUGUCUCGGUUUCCAGCCAUGUUCUCAACGGUGAUCUCCAACAGCUGUGCACUCUAUGGGGACUAUGGCAACUAUGGACCUCCCCCAUACCCCAGGAAGAACAUCAGACCCAGAGCUUCACUUCGACACAACCCAUAUAACCCAUACAGGCCAUACCUGAGGAGGGUGGACACAAGAGUAUCUUUAGCCAAUCCCAAUAAAAUCUCCAGGACCACCAGUAGGGGUCAGUAUGUCACCAUGCCUGUUCACCAUCCAAAGCUGCAUCCACUGCCGGUCAGUCAGAGGAUCAUCCAAUCACAGCACAAAGCAAGACAGACCAAGAGUGCUGAGAGGUUCUCCAGUUAUGAUACAAGCUCCUGGAUUGAGAAAGGCUCCAGUAAACCUAAUAGAGGGAAGAAAACACAGAACAAGGCCACAUCUUCUUCUUCCAAGAGUACAGGAGACAUAAGACACAAGAGUUCCAGUUCUAAUGUUCGCCAGCACCAUCGCUACUUCACCAAGGAUGGCAUGUGUCGUGGCUCAUCAUACAGUUCCAAGAACAAGAUGUGUGACCUGAUCGGCACCCUGGUGGAUCUGAAGUACAGCUGGAUCCUAUUUGUCUUCACCCUGUGCUACAUCGUCACCUGGGCAGCCUUCGCAGAGCUCUACUUCCUGGGUGCCUGGCUGCGUGGUGAUAUGGAACACAUACAAGACCCGCAAUGGCAGCCAUGCUUUGAGAAACUGAACAGUUUCCAUUCGGCCCUCUCUAUCUCCAUGGACAGCCAAAUCAUCAACGGCUACAGCUCUAGAGUGGCCUCAGCCAACUGCAUGGACGGGCUGGUUCUCAUGAUGGCACAGUCCAUCAUUGAAUCAGUGUUAGACACCCUGAUGCUGGGCUGCAUCCUGGCCAAGCUAGCCAGGCCUAAGAGGAGGCUGCCCACUCUGUUAUUCAGUCAGCACUGUGUGGUCUCUGAGAGGGAUGAGAGGCUGUGCCUGAUGUUCAACGUCAAGACUCUGAAAGAAACACACAUGCUGGUGGCAGAGAUAAGAGCCAAGCUGAUCAAAUCUCACCAUACCAAAGAGGGAGAGUUCAUCCUGUUGGAGCAGAGAGAGCUGACUCUGGGGAUGGGGCCAGAUGGAGCCAGGCUGUUCACAGUGGAGCCCCAGACCGUGGAGCAUGUCAUUGAUGAACAAAGUCCUCUCUGGGGCAUCAGCGCUGACUCUUUAGAGUGGGAUACCUUUGAAAUUGUGGUCAUGGUGGACGGAGCCGUUCAAGACGCAGGCACAGCCUUCCAUGUGAGGACCUCCUACACAGAAGAUGAGAUUUUUUGGGGACAGCGCUUUAAGUCACACAAGCCACUAGAAAAGAGGGGGAUUGGUUCCAAUCACAAGACCUCUGAUAAGAACUAUAAGGUCCAGACUGCCACACACAGUGACAGAGAGAUGGCAGUGAGACAAAGACAUGAGAGAUCUCCUGGACAUGACACAGACUCUGUCCCCUCCAAUAUGCCUACAAGGAAAGUACAUUACCAGUAUUUAUCUGAUCAAAUGUUACUGUGCAACUCAGUCACUAAUAACAUUGGCACAGGAACUAGGAAACUUAGUAAGAAUGAGUUCUUUAUAUAAAUAUUGACAUUUGACAUGUUGGCAUAGAAGUGUCAAUCAAAGUUUAUGAAAUCAAGCCACACUUUACAUAUCCAUCAGAAUGUUUAAACAAUGUAAAUAAACAAAUGCUGAUGACCAAUAUCUAAAGCUGCCAUUUAAACAUCUAAUUGAUCAAACUAAUUUGUAAACGUGAACUAAAAUACUAAUUUGUAAGCGUGAGAACAGCACUUGUGUGAUAUACAGUUACAAUUAUGCUGAUUGUAUUAGUUCUUAUUGGUCUCCUUACAGUAUGCGAGAAAUAACUUAAGGUAUCUCACUGCCCAUACAUCAAGCUCUUCCAAUGAAGAUUUAAAUGAUGAGUGUAAUUUAAUGAUUGUAUUGCCAUGUGCUGUGUCGAUUUGAUAAACGGACAAAUGAAUGUCAGUAUUACUAUCUAUUCACCAGCAAAGGAGAUAUCAAAAUCACAUACCAUCAUAGACUCUUGCCAAAGUUGAUAUUUAUGUAAAUUUACAGCAUGUGUUACAAUUCCCUUUAAUCAAUCCAUUAUGUUUUUGGAUGUAAACCCACACUCAUUCCCAGUCUGCAUGUCAACACACAGUAUAAGUCUGCCACAUCCACCUCAGAUCCCAGUAUUCAGACAGACGGACGGACGGACGGACGGACGGACGGACGUAUUAGAGUGGGUUUGACUUGUACAUCAUUUCAUCUGACAGUGAUUCAGAUGAACCAAAGAGAUGCAGGCCGUUUCCGGGAUGCUGCUUGGACAGUCCGAGUGUAAGGAAUGUUUUCGCUGGCAGUUAUCCUCCUCACCUGGCUCUCCCCAGGCCUAAUCCCAUACCACGCCCAUGGGAGACAGUGCAUAUCAAAGGUACCUUCUGCUGGCUGCCAUUCUAGAUGGCAGAUUAAAUCUACAAUUAAAUCUUCUGCUGGCUGCCAUUCUAGAUGGCAGAUUAAAUCUACAAUUUUUUAUUAGGAACACCUUGAUGUUCCCAACUUAAAUAGAUGAGACUGGAUUAAUUAAGCUUGCUGUAAGGUAGAAGAUACAUUUUCAAAAAAGACUUCUUACCCAUACUUAACUGUAAACAGAUGAAAAAGUCCAAAUUGUAUCAUGUUUUAAUUAACAUAUUUAUUUGUAUAUCCUUAUCAAA